AUGGAAAAUCAAACAGAGAUGAUCUGGUUCUUCUUCCGCCCAUUCUCGCCUCAUUUUCAGGUACAGAUGUUGAUUUUUGUGGCCUUCUUGGCUAUGUACCUGAUUAGCUUCACUGGAAAUGCCGCCAUUGUGCUUAUGGUCCAGGCCAACCACUCACUCCACACUCCUAUGUACUUCUUUCUGGCCAAUCUGGCAGUUCUAGAGAUGUUUUAUACUUCAGCUAUUGCGCCAUUGGCCUUGGCCAACCUCCUGUCAAUGGGGAAAACCCCAAUUUCUCUCCCUGGGUGUGGCACACAGAUGUUCUUCUUUGUCUUCUUGGGUGGCGCUGACUGUGUGCUGUUAGCUGUCAUGGCCUAUGACCGCUUCGUAGCCAUCUGUUACCCGCUGAGAUACACCCUCAUCAUGAGCUGGCAGCUGUGUAGGCAGCUGACGGUGGGAUCUCUGGUGCUAGGCUUCAUGCUGUCCCUGCCCCUGACGAUGUUGAUUUUCCGGCUCCCAUUCUGCCACAGUAAUGAGAUCUACCACUUCUACUGUGACAUGCCUGCAGUCAUGCGCCUGGCCUGCACAGAUACACGCACCCACGAGACUGCUUUGUACAUCAUCAGCUUCAUCGUCCUGAUGAUUCCCCUCGCGCUCAUCUCCAUCUCCUAUGUCUACAUUGUGGCAGCCAUCUUACGCAUCCGGUCAGCAGAAGGGCGCCGCAGAGCCUUCUCCACCUGUUCCUCCCAUAUCACCGUGGUCCUACUGCAGUACGGCUGUACUAGCUUCGUUUACUUGUCUCCUAGCUCCAGUUAUUCUCCCGAAAUGGGCCGAGUGGUAUCCGUGGUUUAUACCUUUAUCACGCCAAUCUUAAACCCUCUGAUUUACAGUAUGAGGAACAAGGAACUGAAAGAUGCCCUUCAGAGAGCCCUGGGGAAGCUGUUGUAG